AAAUGAGCGUUCAGGCAAGUGCUCUGGUGACCUCCAGGUGGCUCGCGGAAGCGGCCAGGUUGCACCCCCCAAAAAUUCGGAUCCUGGACGCAUCCUGGUACUUGCCCAAAGUGCGGCGUAACGCCAAGAACGACUUCCGCGCGAGACAUAUACCUGGCGCAACCUUCUUCGACCUAAACGAGUGCUGUGAUCGAAGCUCCCCCCUGGAGCACAUGCUGCCCUCUUCCCGCACCUUCGCAGACUACGCGGGCCGGCUGGGCGUGGACGCCGACACACAUGUGGUGGUUUACGACGCAAGCGAUUUCGGCAUCUUCUCGGCACCGCGGGCCUGGUGGAUGUUCCGGGUGUUCGGCCACGGCCGGGUGUCGGUGUUGGACGGAGGGCUGCGCGGGUGGCAGCGUGAGGGACGACCGGUGAGCGAUCAGCCACCAGUCAGACGCGAUACCAGCGAGUUCAAGGCGUCACUCAACCGCAGUUGGGUGAAGAGUUACCAGGAUAUAGUGGACAAUCUCGACUCCAAGAACUUCCAGUUGGUGGACGCCAGGCCGACUGGCAGGUUCCGAGGACUAGACCCUGAACCUCGAGACAACACCGAACCAGGCCACAUUCCUGGCUCCAUCAGCCUGCCCUUCCACUCCUUUCUGUCACCAUCGGGUCACUUCCUGCCCAAGGAGCACCUCUGGGCUCUGUUUUCCGAUGCCGGCGUGGACCUCAGCCGCCCCUUGUGCGCGUCGUGUGGCUCGGCAGUAACGGCAUGCCACGUGGCGCUGGCGGCACACCAGUGCGGGCACCCAGGCGUGUCGGUGUACGACGGCGGCUGGUCCGAGUGGUAUGCGCGGGCUGCGCCACAGGAUGUCAUCUCAGAGGGCCGGGGAAAGCAUCUGUAAUUUGACAGACAUUGAUACUUUAAAUCAGUGGUUUUCAAACGUCAUUGCAGCACUUUUCAAACUUGGAAACGUGAGCUAUACCUUGUUGGGUGGCAAAAUAGUUCGCAAUAAUCAUUCAAUACGGCAAUGAAAUAUGAUGAACCAAUUAUUAAGCUUCCUCACUUUAGCUUUGGAAUGGAGUCACUCCUGUUAAUUACUGUAUAUAGAUGUUAUUAGGAUGCUUAUGCAUU